AUGACGUUGGUAGCAGAGCGAGCAAGUGAAGCACCGCCGGAGUUUGUGUCCAAGACCUUGACAGGGGACAUGCAGGACAUAGCGGCUGUGGUUGACCAUAACUGUUUCUUCAUGCCCUCUGAGCUGCCGAUGCACCAGGUCAGCUUCUGCUGCCAGCGGUUCUCCAACUCGAGACUUUUCAUCUGCGGCCUCAGCACAGGAGCUUUUCUGUCUCUAGCGUACGCUGCGAGCAAAGAACUCCAUCCUCCCGGUGACCCGGUGGCUGGAUGCUUCACAUUCGCAUGUGUGGACGAUAUUCCGGGGUCAGUUGCCCUGGACUUCUCGGAGGACCAGGUCAAGGAGGCCAAGGAGAAAGGGUUCUGCUACAAGGAAUUCUUUCCUUUCGGCUGCCCCGACAAUCCUCAGAGGCAGAGUGGAAGCUUUCCAAGGAUUACAUCGACUCGUACUCCUCCUUUCCAGGGCCUCAAGAGCUGGCAAGGGAUCUACAAGUUCCCCUCCUGA